AUUGUGCGUGUAAGGUUGUUAUGGGAAAGGCUAGCGAACGGGGCCUUUUCUGUCCUCAGCCCGUUUGUGGAUUGCUGUAAAAAAAGCAGGACCUACAACGAGGAGGGAGGAAUACCGCCCCCUGGCGGCCCCUCUCUCCCUGGCCUGACUGGAUGGCUCCGCUGCGGCUGGUGCUUCUUGUGGGUCACGCCAUCCCCGCCGGCGACCGACGGUGGAGCGCCUGCUUAGGAAGCUGCUUCCCUCUCUCGGGGCCAUCCCGCUCUUCUGCUUCCCUCGCUCGCCUCAUAACACCCCUUUCCCACCUUUGCGCACACGUACUGCGUUGGCCCGCAGCCUCACUUUGUUCACCCGGGAGGGCUCCAGGUAGCGGCAACUGCCGAUGAAAAGACCCAGAAAGAGAAGAGAGGCUGAAGGGCUGGUGCUGAUUUUAAGGUGAAAACCAAUAACGAGUGUUGGAGGGACUUCAUGCAUUUACUAUGUCCAGGAGGAAGUCAGAGAGCAGAAGUCCUCCUGGCUUGUUGCCUACACCUCUUCAGACUCAAAUAAAAACGGAGAACUUCUACAGUUUCUACGAAGUUGAAUCCAAAGAGUUGGGAAGAGGAAAAUUUGCUGUGGUUAGAAAAUGUAUUGCAAAAUCUACAGGCCAGGAAUAUGCUGCUAAGUUUCUAAAGAAGAGGAGAAGAGGACAAGAUUGCAAAGCAGAGAUCCUACAUGAAAUAGCUGUUCUAGAAUUAACAAAGCAGAGUCCCCGUGUAGUAAAUCUCCAUGAAGUGUAUGAAACAACCAAUGAAAUCAUCUUGGUAUUGGAAUAUGCUGCUGGAGGAGAAAUCUUUAAUUUAUGUCUCCCUGACCUAGAAGAAACAAUAAAUGAAAUUGAUAUUAUUAGGCUUAUGCGGCAAAUUCUUGAAGGUGUUUGUCAUCUACAUCAGAACAACAUUGUCCAUCUUGAUUUAAAGCCCCAGAAUAUUUUACUGAGUAGUAUAUGCCCCCUUGGUGAUAUAAAAAUUGUUGAUUUUGGUAUGUCCCGGAAGAUUGGCAAUUGCAGUGAACUACGGGAAAUUGUUGGUACCCCUGAAUAUCAAGCACCAGAAGUCUUAAAUUAUGAUCCUAUUACUACAGCGACAGAUAUAUGGAGUGUAGGUGUAAUCUCAUACAUGCUGCUUACACAUGAAUCUCCUUUUGUGGGAGCUGACAAACAAGAAACAUACCUCAAUAUUUCUCAAGUAAAUGUGGAUUAUUCAGAAGAAACGUUUGCUUCAAUUUCACCAUUGGCCAGAGACUUCAUUCAGAUGCUACUUGUUAAAAAUCCUGAAGAGCGACUAACGGCAGAGGCCUGUCUGUCUCACUCUUGGCUUCACCAAGGAGAUUUCUUGUUGCUGUACAGCCCUGAAGAAAGCUCCAGUUCUUCUCCAACACGUGAUCAUAUGAAUAAAUUCACAGAAGAGAGAAAUAAUAAUAGAUCCAUGUGUAAUGGAAUGUGCAGUGAGCGAGAGGAUAAAGAGAAUAUCCCAGAAGACAGCAGUACAGUCUCCAAGCGAUUCCGUUUUGAUGAUUCUUUGCAGUACCCUCAAGAAUUUACAACAGACUUUGUAUGUUAACAAAUGCACUCCUGCAAGUUAUUUUGAACUGAAGUUAGGAUUCUAAUCUACUCCUGUGGCACAUGCUUUAAGUUUAUAGCUUGUCCACUACUGCAUUAUGGUUGUCCAAGAAACGCACUUUCAUUUGAUCUUGUGUUGGCCUUUCUUUGUGCUGCCAUUGCUGACAAUGGGCCUGACUCUUGGAAAACUGGAGUCCUGGCACCUGAGGUGGCUUGUCUUUGGAGACAAACAGGUAACUGAGUAUAUUUGCACUUUUACAUUUUUAAAGUCCAAAUAAUGGAUUUUGGUGUGUGUAUAAAUAAAGUAGGCAAACUGAAAAGUGGAUUCUUUUGAAUGUUAACAAACAGCUAGCCUUGUUAAACACACCAUGACCAUGUUCUAAGCCAAAGAGUGACCUAAUAAUACAUACGCAGUUGUAUUGUUACUAAAGCUACAUGAACUUGACAAAGCAAAGAAAUGGGCCCUUUUGUUCAAGUCUAGCAGAACAGCCUCACACUGUCAUUUUUUGUUGGGAAGAUUCAAAUUACUAGUGACUUAUUAGUAUUCACUUGGAAUGUUGAUGGGCAUUCAAGUGCUUUGGAUUAGGUUCUUGACUGGCAGCCUAUUCUCUUGCAUGUUUGCUCAGAAGUGAGCCUGUCUGGGUUCAGUGGGAUUUGCAUGAGAGUAAGUGCAGAUGAGUUUGCAGUCUUAGAACACUCUCAUCUGAGGCACUUAAAUAACCAUUUGCAUUCCCCAGUUCUGUUAUGCAAAUAUAAUAUCUAGGUUUUCUAGAAUGCUCAUUUAAUUUAAAAAAAACCCGACUUUUUUCUGUGCACAAAUUGCAUGGAAGAGGCUCAAAUAUGCAUUUGUGUAUCUGUUUUCUUACAAAUUGUUGUGUCUUUUAGGUUUACCUUGUUGGCAGGAGAAUCUGUGCAAUUCUAUGUACUACUAAAGGUUAGGUUAAAUCUUGUAGCGUUUAGGUUUGAAGGCCUUACUCAUAUCAGCAAACAUAGUUUUAUGAAUGAGAACUUCCACAAAAGUGUGCAGUGUCAGAUGUGUUGUCUUAAUUUAUUCUUUUCCAGAUUAAGUUGACUUCAUCAAACUAUUUCCCCAAAUUACAAAUAUUUCCAUCUUCUCAUUUAUCAGCUGAAUCUAUUGAUCAUAUCCAACAAACAUAUUGUACUACUAUGUGUGUAACAGCGCAAUCUAGGCCUCUUUACCCAGAAGUAAGUCCCACUAUGUUCAAUGGGGCUUACCCCCAGGUAAGGGUAAAUAGAAUUGCAGCCUAAAGCCAUGCAUUGUAUAUGCAGCUACUAUUCAUCAGCAUGAGAGAAGAAAAGUAUACAAGAGUGAAUCAGUGCUUUGUGGCAUUGAACAGCUAAUUACCCCACAAACUUAGUACAUGUCUAGACCAGAGAAAUGCUGUGAUAAUGCUUAGCAUAGGGCUUGCCAUUUAUUCACUAAUUUUAAUUUUACAAACAAUGAUAUGAGGCUGGCAUGGCAGGUAAAUGUGUUGAGGUAUAUUUUUCCAUUCAAAAAGUACAGAAUUUCAGUAUUUAAUAUUUGAAAGCCAUAUUUUCUUCAGUCUGUCAGUUAAAAAUCCCUGUAGGAAGGGAGGGUCGCAAAUGACUACAUCCUAAUUUGCUUUUUAAAAACAUUAAUUUUAGACAUUUAAAAACAGAGGAUCAUAUUGGAUAAACAUACUUUUAACAUGGAAGAAAGGUUAAAAGUGAAACAAGCAUGCCAUAAUAAUAGUUAUACCAGCACUUUAUAAAACAGAAUAUGGUAAAAUAAAUAUGUUUCCAUUGUGGUAUUUUAAAAAAUGUUUACAUUUCUUACUGCUUUUAGUCUUACCACUUCUAAAGAUUUUGAAUAAGUCAGUUUUUGUCUCUAGUCAUUAGAGCUUUUCAGAUUUUAUAAACACUUGUAUAUGUAUGUAAAUUCAGAGUAUCACUUGAAUCUGACAAUUCUAAAUUGUGUU